CACCGGUUAAUAUGCUGCUACCACGCUGAGAGGCCGUGCGACGCCAGGAGGAGGUCUGGCUUGUUCAUGAAGCAUCUCUGUGGACGGAGAUGUAAUUAUAUAGAUAGGGGCUGUCAGAUUCGUGAUAAUCAACUCAAAGUUCGCUCCAGUUCCCCCAAACGCAAACAACACACCCAACAUGUCGAACUACUCCGUCUACACCGGCUUCUGGGUCGAGCACAGCGACUCGGCGGCGCUCGGCGCGACGCUGACAGUCCCGAUCCGAUGGGGCAAUUACCUCAUCGCGGCGUUGUCCUCGCUCGUGGCCUGGGCGGCGGCCAACGCAUGGAAGCUCUGCUCCUUCUACUUGCACCAGCGGUUCGCGGCCAAGGAGAACAAGGACGUGCUCGACCAGCAGCUGCAGCUGAUGUUGCGGGGCCCGGGCUCCGUCGCUGACGCCGUCGUCGAGUCCGUCGAGCUGCACGCCGCCUGGAGCCGGAGGGUGCCCCACGUGCGGGCCGGGCGGAGGAUCCUGCCGCUUGUGUUGCUUUUCGCGACCGUGGGCCUGCUGUUCGCCGCGGCGGGCAUCUUCGUCGCCGAUGUGGCGUCCAAGACGUACCAGGACGUGCUCGUGCCCGUCGUGCCGCUCGCGUGCGGCGACCUGCACUUCAUCUGGAACCAGGACCUGCACGCGCCCGACCGCGCCGAGAUGAUGGACGCCCAGAUCUUGGCCGACAUGGACUGGUUCAAGUUCGCCCGCAGCUACGCACUUGCCCACUAUAGCAACACCAGUAGUCCGCGGUUCAACGCGGAGUUUCCCCGCGCGACGCUGCCCUUUGAGGGCGCCGAGUCCCCCUGCCCAUUCGACGCCGACGGGACGACGCGGUGCCUGGGCCCCAACAUGACGACGGGGCCGGCCUGGACCAUGGAUAGCGGCUGGCUGGACAGCCACGCGCACUUCGGCAUGAACGCGAAGCCCGAGGAUCGGGUCGCGUGGCGGAAGCUGGCGACGUGCGGGGUCGUGGACGCGACAAACUUCACCUCGGAGCCGUUCUGGGAGGUCGAGGAGAGCGAUGGCGUGCCCGUGAACCACACCUAUGUUGCGCUGAAUAUAACCACCGGCGGACGUGAGGGAGCCCCAAAUUCGACCAUGAGGUUCAAUGUGAACGCGCGGUAUGACGGGUUUGCGUAUCAGAUCAUGCGCACCUUCUUCAAAGCCCACGACAGAAACACGGCAUGGGGCACGGGGAAGUCGCCCAUCGCGGCCUUCAACCGCACCGACGCGGACAUCGGGGCGUACCUGGUCUCGUCGAACCAGAUCAAGUACCUCAGGCCCGUGUACGACCCGCUCUUCUACGCGACCCGCGAGGUGUGGGACGCCGACUUCGAGGUCCGCCGCUUCAUGCCGACCAACCUCUUCGGCCUGCUGGUGUGUCACGACUCGUUCCAGAUCUGCAACCCGACCAACGGCCGGUGCGGCGCCGUCUCCGGGACCAUGGACCUCGCGCUGUUCGACCAGCAGGACCUGGGCUUCAACCCCACCCAGCGGGCCACGGCUUGGCGCCUCGAGCGGCUCUCCUGGCUGGGUGCGCAGUUAGGUCAGAUGGCGGGCCAGGGACCCUUUGGCCUCCUCGCCUCCGAGCUCGGACCCGAAGCCGAAGGCCACGACCUCCCAGACAACCAGUGGACCAUCGAAGUAUCCCUCUGGUUCGCGACGACCCUAACAGCGAUGCAGAACGCGGCCCUCGAAUGGGCACACAAGCCGUGGGCAUCGGCCCAGCCGCCCGCCGGUUCGUACAUCAACUCGACGGCGCUGGACGCGCAGUACCGGUCGCUGGGGCUGAUGGACGAGUUCGGGGCGCUCUGCAGGAGCCAGCUGGUGCGGUCCGAGGAGCCCAUGCAGAACUUCAGCGUGCUGGGCACGGCGCUGGUGGUGGUCGUGGGCGUCGCCGUCGUGGUGCUCGGCAUGACGGUGCCGUGCUGCGUCGAGGCGCACAGAGAUAGGAGGCGGAGGAGGGGCAUGCUGUCUGCGGCGGCGGCGAGGAAGGACACGGCAAGGAGGGCGGACGAUCGGUUCCAGCUGCUGCGCAUGGCGCUCGAGGAUACGGGCGUUCGGGGGUGGGAGGAGGGGUUGUGGGGGGUCCCGGUGGUUGGGAGGGAGGUGAGGAAAGAGGGACUCAGAGUUGCCGAGCCUGUGAUGGAUGAUUUAUUGGUAAGGUACCCCUCUGCUGGGAAGAGGUCUGGGUCGCUUUCAUCGUCUGAAAAGAAGUCUGUCGAGGUCGUUGGAGUGAUCGAAGUGAGGGACGAGAAGAUGGACGAGAAGCGUUCAAGCUAGCAGACUUAGUUGCAAGCCUAUCGGGCCAUACCCUUCAAUCAAUGACCAAGUCCGACAGCCUCUGCCGAACGACGUUGACAAGCCGAGAUUGUUCGGAGCCUCACGUGGAUCAGUGAAAUAUAUCGAGAGGGGAACGGUUGUUUGCGGUCCGUUUCUGUUUUGGAUUGGUAGGG